CCUCUCAAUCAGUCAGCAAGUGUUGGUAAUUGUUGUUGAUGAUGAUGUGGAAUUUACAAAUUGAGUUGUUGCUUCAGUUAGUUUAAUUAUUUAAAUAAGAACACAUUACCAUGGACAUAACGCAGCACUUUAAGGCCAGCGUUAUGACGGUGCGACUGCAACGCAAGACUGAGCUGGCGGCCGCCAAAGCCAAAGCACAGGACAAGCAACAACGUUCGGGCGCCAUCACCACAAAGCCCACCGCUGGCAACAAUGACUUUGCCAAACAGGCAAAGGAUGUUUGCAACAAGAUAACAACGCUUCGGAAUGUGCUUAUCGAGAAUCGCACGGCCUAUAUGCGCAUUGGGCAGCACCUGAAGAGCGCCACCCACAUGACGGACGCCGAGCGCGAUUUGAUUGAUCGCGAAUCGGAGAAAUUCGUGACAUACUAUACACAGCAUCUGGCCAAGAUGCGCAGCGACUGGAAGAGCGCUAAACGAAAGCCACAGGAGCGUCAGCACAUCGAAGCAGUGCUCGAUUUGCUGGUCAGCUAUCUGCACAGCGUGGAGCAGAUCUACUUGGAUCAAAAAAAAUAUCGCGUUCAGCACGAGCUAGAAACAUACAGGCUGCUUAAACUGGCGGCGGAUAAGAAGAAGAUACCAGUGCGUCCAGCCGGCGCCAACAGCGGCAAGCUGGCUAAGCGUCAACUGAGCAAUGACAGCGUUGACAGCCACGAAGAGUUGUCGCCUGUGGCAGCAGCAGACGAGGAUAACGAUUGGAACAACGACAGCUGGGCUGAGUGGGAUGACGAGCAGGAGGAGUCGCUGUUGGACAGCAGCUCGACCACAGACAAUCAGCAUCAGCCGCGCACGCGCAAACGCAGCCGACCAGCCGGGAUAAGUAGCGCUGACUCCUCGGCGAAAGUUGCACUGGACGAGGACAUUCAGAAGACUGCGCAGCAGCAAGAGAACGAUGGAGAGGAUGUGUUAAGCGCCGAGGAUAUGCAGCUGUUCGAAGCUGAAAAUGUGCACAUAUACAAUCUGCUGCAGGGCGUCUCCGAGGAGGUCGAACAAAUUGAAAAGAACGUUGUGGACAUUGCACAGCUGCAGGACAUAUUUACAGAGAAGGUUGCUUUGCAACAACACAAUAUCGAGCGCAUUGUGAGCGCCGUGGUGGGCACCACGGAGAACGUCAAGGAUGCCAACGAGCAGAUACGUCAGGCGACGCAGCGCAAUGCCGGUUUGCGUGUCUGGUCCUUAUUCUUUUUGCUGGUCAUGUCUUUCUCCUUACUAUUUCUUGACUGGUACUACGAUUAAAAUACAAAUUGUUUCGUGUAAAAAAAUUAAUUAAGAAAACACGUGAACGUGAAAAACUCAUGAUUGUUUUUGUUAUCGCACUCUAAAACAUAACUUGUUUAUUACGUAAUUUAUAUUUAAAAAUAAAAAAUUAGAAACAAUGUUGUUUGUGUAGUAGUUCUUGUUGUCACUAGCGCUAUUUCGUUUUAUAACUAAAGGUUACAAAUUAAGUGAGCUCAGCCUUAACUAAAUUGUAAAUGAUAUUUGAGUUAAUUAAUCGUUUGUGUUUCAUAAUUUGUUCAAAUGAAACUCAGAGAGCCAAACAUUUACCAAUUGAAAAUAAAGUACAAUAAUAAUAGGCGUCUUAAAAACUAAAUUAAGUAGAGUUCAAUCAUCAUCAUAAUGUCAUCAGUUCCAUUAUUUAAAAAAUGCGUUAUGAAUCAAUUCUUCAAUUCAAUUCUUCAGCCAAAAUAGUUAGGUUGUCUGUAAGCAAGACUUGUCUUAAAUUAGUGUAAUAUUUAAAACUGUGCCGCAUGUUAGUUUUAUCUAGUUUGCACCUGAAAUGAGGUUCCAUAAUAAAAAAGUUCACAAUUUGUUGUCGCAGUA